ACUGCUGCUACCAGCAAACCAAUAACAAUGACCACAGACCCACCAAGUGCUUCUGACACUUGUGGUGGACCAGGAUGGGCGUGAGUGGCCUACAUUAAUAUAACCAAUCCCAACCAACAAUGCCCUCAAGGACUUCAACUGAUAGACUAUUCGAUAAGAUCAUGUGGUCGUACACAAUUGUCUGCUGGUCUUUGCUCAUCUGUCAUGUUUCCAGUGGGUGGUGUCCAAUACAGGCAAGUAUGUGGGAGAGCAAUAGGUUAUCGGUUUGUACACAACUAUACGCAUUCGCUGGAUACCAUUCUGCAGGUAGGAAUACUAUCAAUGUUGCAUAUGUCGAUGGACUCAGUGUCACGCAUGGACAAUCUCCACGCACACAUAUCUGGACGUUUGCUAGUGGUUAUUUUAAUGGAACCUGGUGAUACUGACGCUCACGUGCGCUGUCCUUGUGAUGAGGGGAACACUUUUGGUUCUCCUCCAUUUGUCGGAAAUGACUACUUUUGUGAUAGUGUGGCCACAUCUAAUAACUAUAAUGUAAACCCGUUUCGUUUGCAUCCCGAUAAUGCGUUGUGGGAUGGUCAAUCUAGCCUCAACACAUGUUACAAUAACAACAAUCCUCCGUGGUUUACGAAAACUCUAUCAACUCCAACUACUGAUGACAUUGAGCUACAAAUGUGCUUCUAUAAUCCCAGCGUACACGCUAAUAUUGGACUUCAGCUCAUGGAAAUAUACAUCAGUUGAAGUGAUUGUGAAGGAAUAAAGAUUAAAUAUUUGCCGAAAACUUUUGUAAUGAAAGCACUGCCUGCGGGUGCUGAUGCCUCAACAUGUACUAUGCAUGGGACUAAUGGUGUGAGGCUCUACUCGAGGGUGGUCACACAGACCAGGAGAGUGCAGCUGGUCGAGCAGCACAUCCACAAAGUGGUGGACUUCUACAUCUCCCAGAGCCAGGCGGCCAACCAUGCAGUGAGAGAGAGGCAUGCAGCCUGCAUCUGUACUGCAGAGCUGGGCACUAAGGUGAACAACGAUUGUCUGAGACUGUACAUGGUGAGUGUAGGGGAGAUAUUUAGGACGAUUCUGGCACGUAAACACCUCACUUAG